UUCAAGCGAGUUUUGUGUUCCCCGUUGCUCAACGUGUUUUGAGGCAACAACAGCAGCAUUUACAUCUGCGUCAUGGAACCGCCUUCUGUGCUCCCAGAUAAGAACAAGGAGGGCAUGGCUGCACAGCAAGACGUCCCGCCUGCAACCGAGACCCCGCCCGCAGCCGCGGUAGCCACUGUCACUUCAGACAAGGUGGCGUCACCGGAGGUUGGGCCGACGGAACGACUAUGCCGCAUGGUGCUCCGUCCAGACUUCGUAGGUUACGGUUUCAAGCUGCACGAGGACACCGAACGUAAGCAGGAGUUCGUCGCCUCCGUGGAGCAGGGAAGUCCAGCCGAAGCUGCAGGACUUCGAGUCAAGGACGUCAUUAUUGAGGUAAACGGGGCCAAAGUGGAGGGUGCCAGUCACCAAGAUGUUCUCCGUCGCAUCAUGUCGGUUCCCAACGAGGCACUUCUACUGGUGGCGAACGAAGCCACCUGUCGAGGGAACCGGGAGCGGGGCGUCACCGACAGCGACACACUGCCGAGUGUCGUCGAGUUGAGCGGUGCCGAGGCUGCCGAUCGCUCGGCGGCCAGCAAGCCUGAAAGCCGAGAGGCCGGCGUUGCUUCGGCGAGUUCGACUCCCGGCGUGAGUUAA